CACACAUUAAACAUAUAAAACAAACAGUGGAAUUGUGUUAAAUUAUAUUCAUUAGACUUAAGUGUACACUGUGUGCUUAUACAGUGUCUGGAGUGCCUUUUAGUUUAGUAGGUUGGUCCACCUUCAGUCAGGAGUUUCUUGCACUCUUCUAAACCUUUUUCUAAGCAAUGAAGUGAAUUUGCGUUACAGUAACGUUAACGUUACUCUGCCUCGCACAUCAGCUCUGCAAUGCAUACAUCGUUGGCAUGUUUAAUGAAGCCUGUGCUUUAUGGAUAUUUCAGAAGUUCUUGCUCAUGGAGAGUCCGGAUAGCUUUUGCCCUGAAGUGUAUUGAAUAUGAUCAAGUACCAGUAAACCUUAUUAAGGAUGGAGGCCAACAGCUCACAGAUCAGUACAAAGCUUUGAACCCAAUGCAGCAAGUGCCUGCUGUGAGCAUUGAUGGCAUCACCUUGUCUCAGUCAAUGGCCAUCGUCCAAUACAUUGAUGAAACUCGGCCAGGGCUGCGGCUUCUCCCUGCUGACCCAAAGCAGCGGGCUCAGGUGCGCAUGAUUUGUGACCUCAUCGCCUCUGGGAUCCAGCCUCUACAGAAUCUUUAUGUAAUACAGAAAAUCGGGGCAGAGAAAGUACAGUGGGCUCAACAUUUCAUCAACCGAGGAUUUGAGGCUCUGGAGCCAAUUCUGAAGCAGACAGCUGGAACAUAUUGUGUUGGGAAUGAGAUAUCCAUGGCAGACAUUUGUCUGGUGCCCCAGGUCUACAAUGCUGAAAGGUUCAAAGUGGACAUUAACCAUUUUCCCACUAUCAAGCGACUGAAUCAGACCUUAAUAGAGCUUGAAGCCUUCAAAGUGAGCCAUCCAUCUUGUCAGCCAGAUACUCCUGAUGACGUGAGAACAUAAAUUCCGUUUUUAAGUAUCUUUGAUGAGUUGUCUACAUGGUGUUACUAAUGGCAAAAUAAUACUCAAACUUCACUAAAAUGAACUUCAUACAGUCAUGAGCCAA